AAUGGCUAUAUCAAGUAAGAGAGCCAUAAGAAACUAGAACUCAAAUACCAAGAGUCAGUUUCUGAAGAAUAUCAAUGGCGUCACUUCAGUGCCAAAAGCCAGUUGCACAACCAACUGUCUGCCAAAAAACCACCAACACUGUCACUUGCCACAAGGCGAAUGAGCACCACUUGGCUGACAAAAUGAAACAGAUGACAACCAAGAUGUUGCACCACGACAACCAUGGUCAGCAAUCUGCCUGCCAUGGAGCCAAAACUCAACAUUCAGCAGGCCAUGGCUCCACUGCUAUUCACGGAAAUCAUGGUAGCCACUGCCAGCAGACUGCAUGCCAUGGUGCAAAAACUCAACAUUCAGCAUGCCAUGGCUCCACUGCUAUGCAUGGAAAUCAUGCUAAGGGACACAACACUGCAUGCCAUGAUGCUAAAACUCAACAUUCAGCAGGCCAUGGCUCCACUGUUGGGCAUGGAAAUCAUGCCAAGGGCCACAACACUGCAUGCCAUGGCACCAAAACUCAACAUUCAACAUGCCAUGGCUCCACCGCUACUCAUGGAAAUCAUGCUAAGGGCCAGAUAACUGCAUGCCAUGGCACCAAAACUCAACAUUCAACAGGCCAUGGCUCCACUGCUAUGCAUGGAGGUUAUGCUAACCACGGACAGCACACUGCAAGUCAUGGCUCCACUGCUGUGCAUGGAAGUCAUGGUAGCCACAACCAGCAGACUGUGUGCCAUGGCUCAAAGAAGGAAGGGGGCAUCAUGCAUAAGAUAGGUAGUCAGCUGAAGACCAUCGGGAAAAAGAAGAACAAAGAUGGACACUGCAGAGAUGGCAGUGACAGCAGCGACAGCAGCAGCAGCAGCGAUGAUGAGAGCGACAAUGAGAAUUGUGGAAGGAAGAAGAAGGGGAGCUGCUGAACAACUAAGCUGCAAACAAUCAAGUGAGUAAGAGACAGAAGCUAUACCACUAAUAAAUUUCUGUUGCUAAAAAAUUAUGUACUUUAAUUAAGGGGUGCUAUGUGUGUGUCUCUGAAAGAGUCAGGUGUACUGAAUGAAUAAAUGCAAAUACUUCUACUGUACCUAUUACCUAUGGCCUUUCAAGUAAUGAAAUAAACUUGUGAGAUCAGUUUUUCUCUU